AUGGACGGCUUCAAGCUCUCCUUGCUCGCCUUUGUUCCGUUCCUUUUCCUUGCGAUCGCUGUUGAGGCGACCGGCGAUGAGCUCCAUACGUUCAUCGUUCACGUGCAGCCGCAAGAAAGCCACGUGCCGGCCACCGCCGACGACCGGAAGGCGUGGUACGAGACGUUCCUGCCGGAGGACGGACGGCUGCUCCACGCGUACCACCACGUCGCGAGCGGGUUCGCGGCCAGGCUGACGCCGCGGGAGCUCGACGCCGUGUCCGCCAUGCCCGGGUUCGUGAGCGCGGUGCCGGACCAGACGUACACGCUGCAGACGACGCACACGCCGCAGUUCCUCGGGCUGGGUGCCCCGGCGCCCCCGCAGGGCAAGCGGUGGUCGUCGUCCUACGGCUCGGGAGCCGGCGCGGGCGUCAUAGUCGGGGUGAUCGACACAGGCGUGUUCCCGGACCACCCCUCCUUCAGCGACGCCGGCAUGCCGCCGCCGCCGGCCAAGUGGAAGGGGCGUUGCGACUUCAACGGCCUGGUGUGCAACAACAAGCUCAUCGGCGCGCGCACCUUCAUCGCCAACGCCACGAAAGCCUCCUCAUCCUACGGCGAACGUUCGCCGCCGGUUGAUGACGUCGGGCACGGCACCCACACGGCGAGCACGGCGGCCGGAGCCGUCGUGCCAGGCGCCCACGUGCUUGGUCAGGGGCUGGGUGUCGCCGCCGGGAUAGCACCCCGCGCGCACGUUGCGGUCUAUAAGGUGUGCCCCAACGAGAGCUGCGCCAGCUCCGACAUGCUGGCCGGUGUCGACGCCGCGGUCGCCGACGGCUGCGACGUCCUCUCCAUUUCGCUCGGCGGUCCGUCUGAACCGUUCUACCAAAGCCCCCUCGCAGUCGGGACGUUCGGAGCCAUGGAGAAGGGCGUGUUUGUCAGCAUGGCUGCCGGCAACGCCGGACCAAACGUCAGCUCCGUGCUGAACGACGCGCCAUGGAUGCUCACAGUCGCCGCGAGCACCAUGGACCGGUCCAUACGCACGACGGUGCGCUUGGGGAACGGUCUUCAAUUCGACGGCGAGUCGCUGUACCAGCCAAGUGGCUCGCCGAACACCUUCUACCCACUGGUCUACGCGGGCGCGAGCGGGAAGCCAUUAGCGCAGUUCUGCGGCAACGGCUCGCUCGACGGCCUCGACGUCAGGGGCAAGAUCGUCGUCUGCGAAUUCGGUGGCGGGCCUAACAUCACGAGGAUCAUCAAAGGCGCGGUGGUGCAGAGCGCCGGCGGCGCCGGCAUGAUACUUCCCAACCACUUCCUCCAGGGCCACACUACGUUGGCCGAGGCGCACGUCCUCCCGGCAUCGCAUGUCGGCUACGCCGCCGGCUCAGCCAUCAUGGCCUACAUCAACAGCACGGCGAACCCGGUGGCGCAGAUCCUCCCCAGGGGCACGAUACUCGGGACGACACCUGCUCCGGCGAUGGCUUUCUUCUCCUCCCGUGGGCCUAGCGUUCAGAGCCCUGGCAUCCUGAAGCCCGACAUCACGGGCCCCGGCGUGAACGUGCUCGCCGCAUGGCCGUUCCGUGUCGGCCCGCCGUCGGCGCCGGUUUUCCCCGGACCGACCUUCAACAUCAUCUCCGGGACAUCCAUGUCGACGCCGCACCUCAGCGGCGUCGCGGCGUUCAUCAAGAGCAGGCACCCGCACUGGUCACCGGCGGCGAUCAAAUCCGCCAUCAUGACGACGGCCGACAUCACCGACCGCUCCGGCAACCCGAUACUCGAUGAGCAGCAAGCACCGGCCAACUUCUUUGCCACCGGAGCAGGGCACGUCAACCCGGAGAAGGCCGCCGACCCAGGCCUGGUCUACGACAUUGCUCCCUGCGACUACGUCGGCUACCUCUGCGGCCUCUACACGAGCCAGCAGGUCUCGGUCAUCGCGCGCCGGCCGGUGAACUGCUCGGCCGUCACGGUGAUCCCGGAGCACCAACUAAAUUACCCGUCGAUCUCGGUCACGCUCCCGCGGGCGUGGAAUUCGACGACGAAGCCGGUGCUCGUAAGGCGCACGGCGAGGAACGUCGGGGAGGCGCCGUCGGAGUAUUACGCGGCGGUCGACAUGCUCGACGAAACCGUCACCGUGCGCGUAUUUCCGAGGACGUUGCAGUUCACCGAGGUGAACCAGGAGAAGGAUUUCACGGUGGUCGUGUGGCCGGCCGGGCAAGGUGGCGCAAGGGUGGUGCAGGGCGCAGUGCGGUGGGUGUCAGAGACGCACACCGUACGGAGCCCGUUCUCUGUCACCUUCGCCUGA